AGGGAGAAGAAGGCGCUGAGGCGCGGGGCACAGUAGGCUGGAAGCGCGGCGUGGUGGCAGUCAGGUGUCCGCGAUGCCGCCGCCGCUCCUGCUGUUCCUGCUGCUCCUCCGGCCGAUCGGUCCCGCGCAGGCCGGGGACGAAGUGCCGCUGGACUUGGUCACUGAGCGGCCGCUGCGCUCCGUGAGCCCCGCCUUCCUAUCUUUCACCAUCGACGCCAACCUGGCCACCGACCCGCGCUUUCUCGCCUUCUUGGGUUCCCCCAGGCUUCGGACUUUGGCCAGAGGUUUGGCUCCUGCAUACUUGAGAUUUGGUGGCACCAAGACAGACUUUCUAAUUUUUGAUCCUAAGAGAGAACCAACCUUCGAAGAGAGGAGUUGCUGGCGAUCUCAAGUCAACCAAGAUUUUUGCAAAUCCAGGUCCCUCCCUUCCAAUGUGGAGAAAAGGCUACGCUUGGAAUGGCCUUUUCAGGAGAAGUUGCUACUCAAAGAACAAUACCAGAAAAAAUUCAACACUACCACCUACUCAAGAAGCUCAGUGGAUAUGCUGUACUCUUUUGCAAACUGCUCAGGACUGAACUUGAUCUUUGGUCUGAACGAGUUGCUGAGAACGGCAGAUUCACAGUGGGACAGUUCUAACGCCCAGUUGCUCCUGGACUACUGCUCUUCCAAGGGCUAUAAUAUUUCUUGGGAACUAGGCAAUGAACCUAACAGUUUCAGGAAGAAGGCUGGUAUUUUCAUUGAUGGAUUGCAGUUAGGAAAAGAUUUCAUUGAAUUGCAUAAACUUCUACAAAAUUCCUCUUUCAAAAAUGCGAAACUCUAUGGCCCGGAUGUUGGUCAGCCUCGAGGAAAGACGGUUAAGAUGCUGCAGAGCUUCCUGCAGACUGGUGGAGAGGUAGUAGAUUCGAUUACCUGGCACCACUACUAUGUGAAUGGACGGAUUGCUACCAAAGAAGAUUUUCUAAACCCUGAUGUGCUGGACACUUUCAUUGUAUCCGUGCAAAAAAUUUUGCAGGUGGUGGAGGAGACCAGACCCGGCAAGAAAGUCUGGUUGGGAGAGACGAGCUCUGCGUAUGGGGGCGGGGCACGCCUGCUGUCCAAUACCUUUGCAGCUGGCUUCAUGUGGCUGGAUAAACUGGGCCUGUCGGCCCAAAUGGGCAUAGACGUGGUGAUGAGACAAGUGCUCUUCGGUGCUGGAAACUACCACUUAGUGGAUCAAAACUUCAAACCUUUACCUGAUUACUGGCUCUCUCUUCUGUUCAAGCAACUGGUGGGCACCACUGUGUUCAUGGCAAGCGUAAAAGGCUCUGACCAUGGCAAGCUUCGUGUGUACCUUCAUUGCACCAACAGCAAUCAUCCAAGGUAUAAAGAAGGAGAUUUGACUCUGUAUGCCUUAAACCUCUACAACGUCACCAAGCACUUGCAGUUACCCCAUCACUUAUUUAAUAAAGAAGUGAACAAGUACCUUCUAAAACCUUCAGGCCGGGAUGGAUUACUAUCCAAAUCGGUCCGACUCAAUGGUCAAACUCUGAGGAUGGUGGAUGACCAGACCCUGCCGGCUUUGACAGAAAAAUCUCUCCGCCCAGGAAGCUCACUGGGCUUGCCAGCUUUCUCGUAUGGGUUUUUUGUGAUAAAAAAUGCCAAAGUUACUGCUUGUUUAUGAACACGAAACACAAACGCCAGUCCUGAGGUUACAUAUUUCAAAUGCAUUGAUGAGUAAACCAACACUUGAGCUACAGAAGGCAAACAGAUCCACUACAGAUCCACUAGGGGGCGCUUCUGGGACACGGGGAACACCCUCCAUACUAGAUGUAGCACAGUAAACUCUGGUCUAAGAACAGUGCUGAUAAUAAUAGAGAAUAAUACCACGUGGCAGACAUGAUGCUUAGCAUUUGGCAUGCACUAUUUCUAAGGAUAUGGAAAAUGUAUACGAAUGCUCCCAGUACGGCCAGGAGGCAAGCACGUGGAGGAUGUGUUAUUCACUUUAAGAAAGUACUUGUUUUAUUUUUAGGAGCUGUCAGAUUCUUUCCUUCACUUGCUAUCUUUCUGGGCUCCCAUGGGGAAACUUUAUAGCCACAACCUUGAAAUUGGUUGUAAAAAAGAAACCUUCUCUCUGCACUUUAUCAGGAGCAAGAUCCAGCCACUGUUCCUCUUCUCUCUGUCCUAUUUGUCUUCAUCAGUAGUAGUUUGUGAGAGGACAGCUGGUUACAUAUGAGAAUGUCAAAAAUUGGUGAAGACAUUUCAGAGGGAAGGGAUUAUGUAAACUUCAAAGAAAGCUUUUGAAUGACUGUAAAUGAGAUUGAUUUACCAAGAGAUGUUCUCCUAGAGAACAUCCAAUAUAUUAUAGUCACCUGUUAGUGUUUAAUUUUUCUCUACUGUUCUCAUUUCAAUUGGGAAGUGUUGAGCUGUAAGUAAUAGAAAACCCCUAUUCAGGUGGCUUGGACAAUAAGGAAAGUUAUAGCCCCACAUAAUGAGAGGUUCAAGGAGGGCAGACCCUGGAUGUGUUACCUGAGAGGCAGGCUCUUUCCCUCUCUCUGCACUGCCAUCUUGAGCAUUGGCAUCAUUCUUGGUCUGGUAACAUGACUGUAGGUAUUCUGUGGUCUUAUUCAGACCUGGUUGCAACCAGAAGAAGAAGAUGAGCAGUCUUUUCUGAAGAGCCCUUUCCCAGAGGUUGUCCCAGCAAACCUCUCCUCUUCCUUCAUGUUGACUAGCCAGGAAGAAGUCAUGUGGCUAUUUCCCCAGUCACUGCCCAUGACCACCUGAUGCCUAGCCCUGUCUCUGAGUGAACCCCAUUUGGAGUGGAGAACUUGGUUCUGGGACAUUCACUGCUCUGGAUAUGAGAGUUCUGUGCUUAUCAGAAGCAAAAUAUAGUAAUUUCCCCUAGUUUUUAAUCCUCCUAAGGAUUAAUAUUUAUAUUUAUGCCUGUGACUAUUAUCUCAAACCUAAGUACACUUAUAAAGCUAAAACUUAAAAUUUGGAUGGUUCCAUAUGCUUAAAUUUUAUAUGUAAGUGAUUUUUAUAUUUUCACAUUUGAAAUAAAUUUUUUAUAACCUUAAUAUCACAUGACUAAUUUUUAAUGAAACUAAAGCUUACAGAUUCCUACAUUUGGGAACUUUGUUGCCCUUCACCUUUAUUUGUCUUUUCAGCAUCUCUCCAACACCAAAGGACUUGACCUUGAAGAAAAAGAUGAUUAAGCACAAACACAUAGAUUUAGUCAUGACUGAAGUCCUGUCUUGUCCGUUUUUCCCCUAACCCUUCUACUUAAUAAAUUAUUUUAUCAUCCCUAAUUUUUCAC